AAUGGAAAAAACUGAUUCACCAACAAACAAGGUAACAAAGCAAACAGUGCUUGGGCGAGCUUAGCCAGGCACGUAGAUCUACUCAUUUUGUGUCCACGUGGCCCUCGGUGCUAGCGUGUGUCGCGUUAGGGCAGGACUUGCCAGCUGGUAGUGCCAUGGACGGCUUCUUGGGACCAUUUUCCACCAGUGGCGACGUGAAAUAGCCUGGCGGAGUAGCGGGCUUUCGCCGGAUCCCAUCACAUUCUAGCGCUGUCAAGCAGAACUGAAGGACCUGCCACCAUGUCGGUCAAGGUUGCGGUGCGUGUACGCCCGCUGAACAGCCGAGAAAAGCAGUCAGGAUCACAGACGUCUGUCAUGAUGACUGGGAAUCAAACGUGGCUCUACCCAACCGGGAAGCCUUCGGCGGAGUUGUCCCAGCCUUCAGCCAGACUUGAGGAGGGUACGAAGAAGUUUACGUUUGACCAUUCGUUUUGGUCAUGUAACACAGCAGAUGGCAACUAUGUCAGCCAGGAGAUGGUGUUCGAUGCGCUCGGCAAGCCACUGCUGGAGUCGGUAUUCAAGGGUUACAACACUUGCCUGUUUGCCUAUGGGCAGACCAGUGCCGGCAAGUCUUACAGUAUGAUGGGUGAGGCCGGAAACCCUGGCCUUAUCCCUCGUGUUUCUCAAGCACUCUUCGAUCGCGUGACACAGCGGGGAGAUAGUGCUUCGGGGGAGUCUUCUUUCAAGGCUGUUGUGAGCUACCUGGAAAUAUACAAUGAGCGUGUCCGAGACUUACUGGUCACCAGCUCUAGCACAUCACUGAAAGCAUGGGCAUCAAACAAAGACCAGCAAGCCGGUCUGAAAGUGCGCGAGCAUCCCAAGACCGGUCCAUACGUGGAGGGUCUAUCCCAGCACUCUGUGACGACGGUGCAGGACAUCAUGGAGCUCAUUGAGUGUGGCAACAGCAACCGCACUACAGCCUCAACACUGAUGAACAGUAUUAGCAGCCGAUCACACUCCAUAUUCACCAUUAACUUCUCUCAGGCCACGAUCAGCGAUGGAAACCCUUGUGAAAUGACAUCUCGGAUCAACCUAGUCGACCUGGCAGGAAGUGAACGCGUUCAGAAAACUGCUGCAACGGGCGAUAGAUUAAAGGAGGGUGCAAACAUCAACAAGUCGCUGACCACUCUGGGUUUGGUCAUUUCAAACUUGGCCACGAACAGUGCAGCGGAAGCGUCUACCAACGCCAUGAAGCAGAAAGUGAAGUCCUUUAUUCCGUACCGUGAUUCAGUACUAACAUGGCUGCUGAAGGAUUCCCUAGGCGGAAAUGCCAUGACAGUGAUGCUGGCGGCCAUCUCGCCAGCCGAUGUAAACCAUGGAGAGACGCUUAGCACACUGCGCUACGCUCACAGAGCCAAGAGCAUAGUCAACAAGCCGACUGUGAACGAGGAUGCCAAUGUGAGGCUAAUCCGGGAGCUACGUGCAGAAAUAGCACUACUGCGGCAGCAGCUGCCAGGCACGGACCAGUCGGCUGCAUUGGAAUCCAAGUUGCUGCGGAGUGAGAAGCUAGCUGCGACGCUAACGCAGUCCUGGGAGGCCAAGUGGGACAAGACGCAGAAGAUAAUACAGGAGCGGUCCCUGGCAUUGACGGAUAGUGGAGUGGCUCUGCACGUCGAGUCGGAACAACCCUAUCUGAUAGCAUUAGCUGUGGACCGGCUCUCGACAGGUGUAACCAUAUGCAAUCUCAAAGAAGGUACGACAAGCAUGGGAGCGGGCACAGAUGCUGACACACCGGAUAUCACUCUAGCAGGGCCCAAUGUACUAAGACAUCAUUGCCGGAUCGAGAGCAAAGAUAACGUGGUGAUGUUGCAUCCAGCUGAGGACGCACUCUGUUUGGUGGACAACUGUGCUGUUAGUGAGCCUACGCUGUUAACACAAGGUUGCUUGAUUCAGUUGGCAUCGCAGAACCUGUUUCGCUACAACAAUCCCACCGAGGCAGCACGCUUGCAGUCUCAGGGUGGUGGUGCUCGCAAGUCUGUGAUGCUCGAUGUAGUGGACACACUUGCAGCGUCCGUGCGGAGACCUCACAUAUCAAUCCGCGAUGGAUAUCUGGAUACGUCCUCCUCGCACUCAUCUCAAGGAUCAGAGGGUGAAGAGGACAUGACUGCGAGCAUGCAAACUCGCAAGGACACAAUUAGCGCUGCACGGAAACAGCUACAGCAAGAGAAAGAAGCUGCGCUGAAAGCUACGCAGGAGGCAGAGCGUGUAAAGCAGGAGCUGGAAGGUCUAAAGACCAAGGUCUCCACACUGAAGCAUGAAGAGAAUGAAGAGCUUCGCGUACAGCUGCAACAAGAGCAUAGAGAGGCAAAAGCAGCAGAGGAAGCAGCUCGCAAAGCCAAUGAAGAAUUGCACGAGCUUAAGGCAUUCAUUCAGCAGCAACGACAAGAAUUUGAAGUGAUCAAGCACCAGGAGCUACAGAGUGCGCAGUGGAGAGCUCAAGAAGCAGCAGCGCAAAAGGCUAGAGAAGAUCUGGAGGAGCUCCGAAACCAGCUAACUAGCUCUCAGCGGAGUGAGAAGGCACAGCUGGAGGAGCGUCUUCAGAAAGAGAGGACUGAGGUCGAAGUGGCGCAGCAUUCUGCUGCGCAGGCAGCACAGGAGCUGGAGGUCCUACGCAAGCAGCUCAGCUCCAAGCAAACACAGGCUGAAGCAAUGAAGAGCGAGAUUGAGCAACGGCAAUGCGAAGCUGCGGAGGCAGCGAGACAGGCUAGCGCCGCGCUUGUUGAGCUGGAACGUGUCCGGAAUGACUUUGUGUCCAAAGAGCAAUCCGAGACACUGUACCAGGAGAGAUUAGAGGCUGAGCAGGAAGAAGCCCGCAAAGUUGCACACCGGGCCGAGGAGGCACAGUCACAGCUCGCUAGAAUGCAGCAAGAGUUCACGCAGAAGAGUGGUGUGGAGGAAGAGCUGCGGAAGCAGUUUCAACGCGAGCAGGAAGAGGUGCAUCGAGCAGCCCAGGCAGCAAGCACUGCCCAGGUAGAGCUGGAGAAAAUGCGACUGUCCUAUGAGCAGCAACUGGCUGAGGAACGCCGACGACGUGAAGAGCAGGAAGAAGCAGAGAGCGCACAGCGAGAACUGGAUCGGCAGCACCUGCGCCAAGAAGAAGAGAGACAGCGGCAGGAACUUGCUGAACGCCAGAAAGAGAUUGAGACGCUGACAUCGCAGCUUCAGAGUGUUACUCAGGAAUCAACAAAGCAGCAACAGGCACAUUCGGAACAGCUGAAGCAGCGGGAGCGAGAUGAAGAGGUACGUCUACAUCAACAGGAACAGGCCAGGCUUACCAAGGAGAAGGAACUCCGCAGUCAGCUGGAAAGGCUGGAGGAGCAACAACGCCAGCAGGAGCAGGAAAGAAAGCAACAGGAACUUGCAGCGGCCAGUGCACAAUCAAGUGGCUUACAUGCAACUGAUUCACCAACAGCUUUCCCAGGUGUGGAUGUCUCUACCAAUGUGAUUGCUACGCCGUCACCUGCCGCGAGUCCUCAACAGAAUCCGUUCCCUUCCACGCAGAGCAUGGAUGACUUCACUGGCUUUGCCAAGCAGAGAGCGGUAUCUAAUCCUGUGAAUGGAUUCACACCUACCCCGCUGUCUCCUAUCAACUCCCCUCGAACAGCCUCCACCAUUGGGAGCAAUGAUGACCAGUCAUUACUCGUAUUAUCAUCUGCUGGACUUCAAUCGCAACGAACGAAUCAAUUCUUCGCCCAACCAAUUGCAUCAUUGGACGUUACCGAUUCCGGAUUCCGUCCCAGUCGCCAGUCUGAUCUGAUGGCAUUUUCUGUAACAGGAACCAAUGGCCCAGCUAGCCCGCUCAGUGCUGUUGAUGAGUUUGACCCGCUUGCUGCUGAGGUUGAGCCAUCUUCACCGCUUGCACAGCCACCGGAGGCACAGAAUCACCCUGCGGAGGGUAGUGCUGCACAUGUCCCGGUCUCCGCUCCAGAUGCACCACUGAUGUCCGUGAGUGGCAGUGGUAUGCAGACCUCACCUGCGGCGCAAGCCAGCCUUGCUAAAACGCCGGAUCAACCGGAAAAGGACUUAGCCAAGAAAAGAGCGGCUGAGACACGACUACUGGAAGAUGAGAUGCGGCGGCGUGCAGAGUCCACCAUCCGCAAGCUGGCCGCCGACCAGAAAGAGAAGCUUCGUCGUGAACUUCACGUGGAGCGUCAACAAAUGACCGAGGACUUGCAGCGACGAGAAGACCAGAUUGAGCAGGAACGCCGAAUUCUGGAGUCUUCAAGAACCGCAUCCAUGACGCGAAGUCCAGCAAAGGGCACUUGUGACCUGAAGCUCUACUUGUCAGUGGAGUGCCGCCAUAACUUGGAGGUGACUCGGCGUGUCGAGAUCACAGCAGACAACACCUGCGCUGGCUACAUGACCAAGCAAGGUGGUCGCAUCAAGUCCUGGAAGAAGCGCUACUUUGUCCUAAACCCACAGCGACGCAUGCUCACUUACUACACCGAUCACUUAAUGCGUGAGUGCAAGGGCAAAAUCUACUUCGAUGCCUUUCAGCGCGUGUAUGGCAGCACGACAGAGAAGAAGACAGCACAAGAAUACCUGAAUAAGCAGGCACCCGGCACUGCUGUGUGGGUGAUCUACAUGCAAACUAAUGAACGGCUGUACCUCGCCAAGCCGCAGUGCGGACCGUCCUACGCAAUCUGGCUAGAUGCGCUGCAGAUUACCGGCUGGAGAUAGCCUGCCAGCUCUGUGCAUUAUACACCUAGAUGACGGUUCAGAGAUGAGUGUUUAGCAAUGCAGCUAUGCAGGAUCCCAUAGCAUGGGGCUCCAUCAGUUAGUCGUUGUAUCUGUAGGAUUCUUGGACAGUUUCCAUUCGGUACCAGUGCUGGCAUACUUGGGCGCAGAGUCACGGCGAGAUGGAGUAUUGAUAAGGAUGGGAAUAAUUGCCGCGUGAGUUUUCACGGCCGGCCAUUUUUCUAGACUGCUUAUGGCACCAGUCAACUUCAUUGCAACACUAGAUAUAAUGUCUGCUGCGGGUUAUACUCAGUAGCGAGAGGCUCAGUACUGUAGCCGCUCACCUUGACAAAAUCUUCUAUAAAAAUCUAAGUCUGGUCACACCUGACCUACACAAUACGCAGAUUCAAUACUCUAAUUAUAUAGCGCUCGCUGGCUUGAAUAUUUUUACAGCAUCUCUAACUCGAACACAAUGUGCAUGGCUCGUAAAGUGUAGUACCCAGCGGCAGAGCUGAGUAUUCGUUAAGCUGAUGGCAAUGCAGAGAGAGCCGGUUUACUGCUCACCCACUUUUUUCAGACUUAUCUAUUUUUGUACCAUGCUGCCUGGUAGAGAGUAAUCUACUGCUGGGUGAUCGAUUUCAACUCAGUGCUGUUUACUGCUGCUGCUGCGUAGCAUUGUAUUGAUCAUUAUAAUUAUCAUAACCGCAGACUGAUCGUCAUUGUCUAGAGACAGGAGAACGAGGGGAAGAGCUGAGUGUGGUAACACAGUGCUGUGCAGUGCAUCCAGCACUUGCGCCUUGCGUUGUGAAGCCGCUAUGAAGUGAGAACCAACGAAGUACAAGGACAACGGAAAUUUUUAUUAUGUGACUGGUAUGGCGAUAGUGUAACAAAAUACUCGGAACAAUGCCUAUAUCACUGA